UGUGUGUGUGUGUGUGUGUGUGUGUUUUGGUUUGGAAGCGGCUCUUUCACACAGGCAGUAAACAGAGAAAAGGCUGUAUAACACUUGAAGCUGUUCUCUCAUUAUAUCUCUCUCUCCAUAUCUGAGCUCUAACGCGGUAAUGACGGUGCUGUGAGGAGAUCCGGGUCCUGUCGGUGCUUCACGGGACAUUUAACGGGACAUUAGUGGAGCUGGAUUUGGGAUUUUAGUUUGCAGUUUCCGGGUCUUUAAUGAAGAGGAGGACCGAGGCGCUGGGUCAUGUUCUGAGGAGGUGAAAGUGAAGAGAAGAGGAGAGGAGAGGAGAGGAGAGGAGAGGAGAAACACCGGGGAUGCGAACAUGGCAUCGGUGCGCGUGGCGGUGCGCGUGCGGCCCAUGAACCAGCGGGAGAAGGAGCUCUCAGCACAAUGCAUCAUAGAGAUGGAAGGAAACAAGACGACCAUUACCAACUUAAAAAUCCCUGAUGGUGUGACGGGCGACUCGGUGAGAGAGAGAACUAAAACCUUCACGUACGACUUCUCCUACGACUCGGGCGACCGCACCGGCACCAGCUUCGUCUCACAGGAGAAGGUCUUUAGGGACCUGGGUUCAGAUGUCCUCAAGGCAGCGUUUGAGGGCUACAACGCCUGCAUCUUCGCCUACGGACAGACGGGUUCAGGGAAGUCCUACACCAUGAUGGGCAACCAGGGAGACGUGGGAUUGAUCCCGAGGAUUUGCGAGGGCUUGUUCACCCGGAUAACCGGCAUGAUCCGCCGUGACGAAGCCUCCUUCCGUACGGAAGUCAGUUAUUUGGAGAUCUAUAACGAGCGCGUACGGGACCUGCUGAGGAGGAAGCUGGCUAAGACAUAUAACCUGCGAGUGAGAGAGCACCCUAAAGACGGCCCUUACGUUGAAGACCUGUCGAAGCACCUGGUUCAGAACUACAGCGACGUGGAGGAGCUGAUGGAGGCCGGAAACAUCAACCGCACCACAGCCAGCACUGGCAUGAACGACGCCAGCAGCCGCUCGCACGCCAUCUUCACCAUCAACUUCACACAGGCUAAGUUCGAUGCAGAGAUGCCGUGUGAAACAGUCAGUAAGAUCCACUUGGUGGAUCUGGCGGGCAGUGAGAGAGCCGAUGCUACAGGAGCCACCGGCGUUCGCCUUAAAGAAGGAGGCAACAUCAACAAGAGUUUGGUUACCCUCGGCAACGUCAUAUCUGCUCUGGCUGAUAUGUCUCAGGACGGAGGGAGCAGCCACCUGAAGAAGAAGCAAGUGUUUGUCCCUUACAGAGACUCUGUCCUCACCUGGCUUCUCAAAGACAGUCUGGGAGGAAACUCCAAAACCAUCAUGAUCGCAACCAUCUCUCCUGCGGAUGUGAACUACGGCGAGACCCUGAGCACGCUGCGCUAUGCGAACCGCGCCAAAAACAUCAUCAACAAACCCACCAUCAACGAGGACGCCAACGUGCGGCUGAUCCGGGAGCUGCGAGCCGAGAUCGCUCGCCUCAAAGCCCUGCUCGCCCAGGGUAAUCAGAUCGCACUGCUGGAUUCACCCACGGCUCUGAGUAUGGAGCAGAAACUGCACCAGAACGAGGCUCGGGUGCUGGAGCUGACGAAGGAGUGGGCAAACAAAUGGAAUGAAACACAAAACAUUCUUAAGGAAGAGACUCUAGCUCUGAGGAAGGAAGGGAUUGGUGUGAUCCUGGACUCAGAACUUCCUCAUCUCAUCGGCAUCGACGACGACCUGCUCAGCACCGGCAUCAUCCUGUACCACUUAAAGGAGGGGAGGACGUGUGUAGGCCGGGAAGACGCUACCAAUGAGCAGGACAUCGUUUUGCAUGGCUUGGGCCUGGAGAGCGAGCACUGUCUGUUUGAGAAUCAGGACGGCACCGUGACGCUGAUCCCCCUGAACGAGUCUCAGUGCUCCGUUAAUGGAGUUCACAUCAUUGAACCCUGCCAACUCAACCAAGGUGCUGUAAUCCUGCUGGGCAGAACCAACAUGUUCAGAUUUAACCAUCCUAAAGAGGCAGCAAAACUACGUGAGAAGAGGAAGAGCGGUCUGCUCAGCACACUGAGUCUCUCCAUGACCGAUCUCUCCAAGUCCUGUGAAAACCUCUCUACAGUCAUGCUCUACAACCCUGGCCUCUACACAGAGAAGGGGCCAGUCUUUCUCAGACUGGAGUUUGAGAGGCAGCAGCGAGAAGAGCUGGAGAAGCUCGAGCUCAAAAGGCGUCUGAUAAAGGAGAUGGAGGAGAAGCAGAAGUGUGAGAAGGCGGAGCUGGAGCGCAUGCAGCAGGAAGUGGAGUCUCAGAGGAAGGAGUCGGAGCAGGUGCAGCUGCGCAUCCGCAGGCAGGAGGAGAGUCUGCGCAAACGCAGCCAGGACAUCGAGAGCCGCAUGAGGGACCUGCUGGCGGAGAAGGAGCGCUUCCAGGAGGAGCGUCACAGAGAGCAGCAGGAGCAGAAACAGAGGAGAAGGCAGCAGCAGCUGGAGCAGCAUGUGGAGGAGGUGGAGGAAGAGGAGGAGCAGGAAAAGGAGGAACAAGAGGAGGAGGAGGAAGAGGAAGAGGAGGUGCAGGUCAGGAGAGAACAUGCCGAGCAGACGGAGCUCUUCAGGGAGCUGGAACGUCUGAAACGGGAACGAGAGGAGCAGGCUGUGAAAAUCCAGCUGGAGAGGAGACGUCUGGAGGAGCACGAACGGGAGCAGCUCUCUCUCGUGGGCCGUCUGGAGGAGCAGCUGAGGGAGCGGAGCGAGGAGGCAGCGGCGCUCCUGAGCCGAGACGAGGCUCGGCGUCUGGAGGAGGAGCAGAGAACGCUGGCUGAGAUCCGGGAGGGUCUGCUGCUUGCAAAGGAAGCACGGGUGGACGGAGAGGACGCUGGUGAGGAGGUACUGAGGAGCUCCAGGGAACGCUACCAGGGUUUCAAACAGGAGCAGGUGCAGGAGUUGGGUGUGUUGGUGGAGGGGCUCUCGCAGCAGAGGGAGCGGCUCGAGAAGGAGGUGACCAAUGAUCAUGCCACCCUAGGAGUCCUGCAGCAUGCACACAGGGAGAAACAGAGAGUGGUGCGUGAGACAGUGGCAUGGGGAGUCCAGGACACCUCGUCACUCCUGCAGGAGGAGGCUCAGCUCUCUCAGGCUGCACACAGGCUGCAGUGUAAAGAGCGACAGCUGAUCUCUCUGUGCCAGAGUCACCUGCCCGCUGUGUCCGAGGAGCUGCACCGAGCCGAGGAGGCGCUGGAGCGAGUGCGGGGUAAAGAGACGGCGGGCAGUCCCGAGCAGGUGGAGAAGGAACUGGACGAGAUGCUCUAUCAGAUAGAGAAGGAGCUGGAGGAGAAGCAGGAGCGUCUGUCUCAGCACAGUGCCAGCGCUGAACAGCUCCUGCAGCUGCAGCAGACCUACGAGUUCACUGCCAACGUGGCGCGGCAGGAGGAGAAGGUGCGGCGUAAAGAGCAGGAGAUCCUGGAGACAAGGGAGAAGCAGCAGAGGGAGGCGCUGGAGCAGGCAGUGGCUCGACUCGAGAGGAGACACUCGGCGCUGCGCCGGAGCCUCAGCCUUGAGCCCGAGGCAGAAGAGGCUCGGAGGAGGAGCAUCGUGGCCUCCUUGGGACACAACAGCAUACGGAGCGCUGCAGUGCCCGAGCUUGACCAGGAGAGGCUGGAGAGGGAAAUUGCUCAGCUCAAGCAGAGGAUCAGUGAGAGUGAGGCGAGUGGGCGGAGCCUGUCUGUGAGCAGUGAUGAUAAGACCAGUGUGGGGAACUGCCCUAUGAGCCCCAUCCAGAGCCUCAACACAGUGCUGCCUCUCACUGAUGACCGGUUAAAAGCAUACAUUGAAGAAGAAGUUCAGAAGAGGCUGCGGCAGAUGAACCUGCAGAACGCUGACAAUAACAACGGUCUGUCUCUGUCCUCGGAGUCGCUGCAGAACAAUCAUACAUGUCCAAUAGAUCCACGCAGACAGAAGUAUGAGCGCUUUGUGUCAGUCCCAUUAAGUCCAAGUCCGGACAGCUUGAAGGAUCCGGUGAAGAUCAGCAUCCCGCGCUACGUCCUUCGGGGACAGGGCAAGGACGAGCAUUAUGAGUUCGAAGUCAAGAUCACAGUUCUGGACGAAACAUGGACUGUGUUUCGACGCUACAGCCGCUUCAGAGAAAUGCACAAAUCCCUCAAGAUGAAAUACCCAGAGCUAGCAGCACUGGAGUUCCCUCCGAAAAAAAUAUUCGGUAACCGGGAUGAGAGAAUGGUGGCUGAGAGACGCAGUCAUCUGGAGCGCUACUUGAGAAACUUCUUCCAGAUCAUGUUGUCGUCAUCCUGCUCGUCUUCUCCUUUGCGGGGGGACGACUCGGGCCUGCAGCUCUCCAAACAUGCCGUGUGUGACAUCUCACCCUUCUUCAAGAAGGGAGUGUUCGACUACAGCAGUCAUGGAACAGGCUGACCACCACAACAACCAUCUCUGCUCAGGCUACGUCACUCCUACGUCCAUGCCACCUCUGCACACAUCAUUCCACACAUUCUCAGGAUAGCUCCAGGGUGAUUUGGUAGGCGUAAUCAGAAAGCCAAAGUACUAGCCUUAGUGCCUUUAGUGGUCCCACAGUUUAGGCUAGAUACAAAAGACCAUCAACGUCCAUGCUAGAUCCCCUCAUUCAGACCUGCUUCCUGUUACUAUAGCAACCAGAAGAAGAAAAAUGAAUGCCUGUAAAUGAUGUGCAGCUCUCUGGCCUGGUUGUUGUCGAGGUAAACAUGAUACACGGGUCACUGUGCCAUUAAUUUAUCGCAUUAGUCAGGAUAAAAUCAUAAUUUACACAAAUAUAGUCUAUGAGGCUAAAGUUUAAAGUUAGCUACAGUUUCACCUAAACUGCACUAGAUGUCAUACACUAUUCUUUUUUUUUUUAUUCGACAAUUUACGGCAGCAGGCUAUUAUUGUAGUUGUUCAGAUUUCUUAGAGCGGUAUUGCUGUGUCUGGCGUAGUGAAUAUGCCUGUGUGGACAGCAGGCAGCUAAACCCAGCCUAGCGCAUUCCCUAUGCAAGUACACUACAAACUACAGUCUAGAACCUGCUAACACUCAUCCAGGCCACACCUGGAACUGUUCUCCACCGACAUUACUGCCAUUACUGUUUCUAGGGGUACCGGUAUACACUCUUGUGGAGCUAAAAGUAAAACAUUUCAGAAGACGUCUUCCAAAAACUCCAUCCUAUCCAGAUUGCUGAUCUGUUUAAAGUUACCCUGGCGUGACCCACCAAAUAUUUCAAACUCAAUAAACAUGCCAGAUCUCAUAGCUAAUUGUUUCAAAUUUGGUUCCAUAGCAUGAUGAACAUUUUUUGUCUUUGUACAGCAAUGAAACAGUAACUCUCACGCACAGACAUGAACAUUUCUCCGAAAGCCAUAGGUGUAGUUGAUGUAUAGAUUAUUGUGCAAUGUGUGUAUAAAGGUGCUUCUUCUAUUAACGCAAUACGAAAGGGAAAGAGAUUGUACAAUUUAGAGAAUUGAUUAAUGUAGUUAAUAUUUCUUUCCUUUCUCCUGACUUUUGUUUUUUUCUGAUUAUUUCCUGGAGAUUCGCUGAUGGUUCUACAUAUGAAUUAGAGUUAUGAUGCAGGGUUUCUGACUAUUUAGAAAGCCAUAGCAUUGAAAGAAAGAAAUGCACUAUUUUUCUCUUACGGGAGAUGAUGUUUCAUCAACGGUGACCGGAGAUUUGAAGGCCUUUCGGUUAUUUAUACAUUUGUAUGUAUAUUUGUUAUCAAAACAUUUUAUUUUAGCAUUGAGGAAAUGAUGAUUUGUUCACCAAGAUUAAAUUGAAAAAUGUCCUGUUCAA